AUGGCCGCCGUGCUGAAUGAAAUACUGGAUAGAAAUAAAUCGCUGGUAAACAAAUUAACAGUUGCGCCUACUUGUACAAAUUUCGUUUCAAUUAUCGCGCAUGAUACAAACAAAUUAACAGGUCUUGAUAAAUCGCUGGUAAACAAAUUAACAGUUGCGCCUACUUGUACAAAUCUUGUUUCAAGUAUCGCGCAUGAUACAAACUCUCGCACAAAUCUUGCUACGUGUAAUGUCUACGAUACAAAUAUUAAUCAUAUUAAAAAUGAAACAAUCGAUACUUCAUGGUCAAAUAUUUUAGUGUCAAAAACAAAUAAAACUGAUUGUGAAUUGCAAUCUGACGAUAAUGUUUCUGACGAUCGUAUGACACUCGUUCAGCGCAAUAAGAAAAAAGUCAAAUCAAUAUCUUUACCGCCAAUUGCUAAAAAAGUUGAAGAUAAUAUCAAUAAAAAUAAAUCUCACAAACUCUCAAAGAUUUUGGGAUCACUCACAACUAGCCCCCUCUUCACGGCAUCUAAAUCCAUUAUUAAAAAAAAAGUUUUCUACAUUGGGAAUGUCAAACUACCUGACAGUUCCAAAAUCGAAAAACACUGUGAGAAUAGAGGAAUCAAUUUGAUUUCCUGUUAUCCGGACUCUAAACGUGUAGAAAAUGAUGAUGAAACAAAAUACUCCUCAUUCAGAUUGUGUGUCCCGGCCGAGGAGUAUGGCAAGGUGAUGACUGCAUCAAACUGGCCUGCCUCAGUUGUCAUUCGUGAAUGGAUCUUCAAUAAAGAUAAUACCAACUCCUCGAACACUCUGCCCAGUGCCAAGACAAAUGCAUCUGCAAUGAAAGAUGUUAACAACACCGAAAAAAACAGCGGCGUCAGCAGAUCAGAUAUCUGA